AUGCGCUUCCACAUCCCCUUCCUCCUGGCGAUCUUUGCCAUUGCCCAGGCAUCGCCAGUCGCAGCUCCACAUGAGCUUGUCAGACGCGACGGCGCCGCCGUCAUCGAUGCCGUCAACAUCGUCACAGAGUCCAUGAUCGCCCUCAACAACACCGUGACCGCCUACAAGGGCGGGUUUCUCGGCACGUUUACAGCGCUGAAGAUCGAAUUCCAAUCUAUCGCACUCAGCAACGACUUGCGCGAUGCGAUCUCCACGACCAAGUCUUCUGCAAACUUCACCGAAGAGGAAUCGCUCAACGUCUCUGGGGCGUUUCUCGAAUUGCAGCCAAACAUCGACUCUACCCUUGACAAUAUCGUCUCGAAGAAGCCGCAGUUUGAUAAUGGGUUGCUAGGUAUUGGGAGUCUGGCGUUUCUGGUCAGGUCGAACCUGGAGAAGCAGAAGGAACUAGCGGGUGAGUUGGGCGACGCGGUUGUUCUGAAAUUGACGAAGACCUAUGCGGUCAUUGCGCCGCUGCUGAAUGCCCAGAUUCAGGCAAAGUUCGAGGAGGCUAUUGCGGCGUUCGAGUAGUGACACCUGAUUGCUGUGCAAGAUUUCUCGGGGUUAUUCAGGAAGCAGUGGAUUUCAUAACGAAGUCAGUCGUCCAGUUAGCCUGUACAUAGGUUCUAAUCAAGCUUGACUACCACCGAG